UCAAGACCGCACUGCACUCCAGUCCUCCUCGUCGUGCUUGUCGUUCUCCUCGUCGUUCCGCUCGAUGCCCAAGCCUACGCUCCUCCAGACCCUCUUUAACCAACCCUCACAGUCCUACCAGUUCCCUCCUGAGAAACACUACUAUUCGACGAAACACGACAUUCAACGACGGGCCUCUCACGGCCAUUUCUCGCCUGCUAUUUCUCCGUCAUCUGCCCCCCUUUCUUCCUCUGCAAGCCUUAGACAUUCUGUGCUCUCUCACUCUGCUCUCGACGACUCUCUGUACUCCUCUCGCUCCUCUUCCCAUUCUGACGUCCGGACAGCGUCUCUGAUUCCCCCGGACCCUGUGAAUGUUCGGGCUUCCACCCAUACUCGCUCUGCCUCGCUGUCGAUCGCUUCAUCGCACUCGCUUUCCAUUCAGCCUUCAUCUUCAUCCCACUUUAUUGCUCAGGGCUCUGCAUCCAAACCUUCUUUCGACUCUCACUUUGAUUCCUCCGACAUGAAUUUUCGCUUUCCAGCUCCUCCCAUUCCAGAGGACGAUACAGAUGACGACCAUACAGACAUCUUCUACACACCUCGUUCAUCCUUGUAUUCAUCUCCACGGACAUCUCGCGCGUCCUCAUCUGCCCUUACUGAACCUAAGGUUACUUUCCACAAUCAGUCUGUACCAAAACCUAAUGCUUCAUCAUCGAACGGUGUUCCUCCUUUGUCACCAUCUAUAUCUAGGUCUUCUUCCGCUACUUCUGCCUCUUCAUCUUCGUCAGAUCUAGGUUCCUUGCUAUCAACAACAACUCAAGCAACCACCUCCACCCGUCCCACUUCACCUCUGAAUUCUGACCAUAGCAACAAAGAACCACGUUCUGCCAACGGUGACGUACAAACCAUAACUGUCUCGAAAUCGCACCACAACGCCGAGGCGUCAUCCUCCAGGUCAAAGCUUAAUACACGGCCUCGUGGCGUGCCGGCGACUGCGGGUCACCGUCGUACACGCUCGCAAGCGGAGAAUGGCCGCUUUGCUUCGACAGACAGAGAUUGGGCAGAGAACGUGAGAUGGCUGUCUGCCAACACACCUGCUGUGUCGUCAUCGCAGAGAAAAACAAAGAAGCUUCAGGGACAACGUGAGGCCAUUGCACCAUCAACAAACAUUCGCAGGAAUGCUUCGUCUUCCAUCGCGCCUUCUUACCCUCCUCUCGCAAAGUCGGCCGAGCUGCGAGAACGAGCCCGUAACUCUCGAGGGUCGCGAGGGUCUCGUGGUCGCGGGCGUAUGUCUGCGCUGUUGGAAGAAGAUGAGAGUGACAUUAGCGAACCAACAUCUGGUGCGAGCAGUUCCGAGCAUAGUCGACCUCCGUCACCAGCACCUCAAUUACCUCCUGUUGACCAAAACAAGGUAACCACUACAAAGGUAACUAUUAUCCCAACACCCACACCAGAUCCAUCAACCGAACCAGUGAUGCGACGUCGAUCAGUAUCUGCACACUCCAGAUCCGAUAGUCAGCAGAACCGCUUUGGUACCGUCCUCACUGCAGAACCCGAGGAACUCGAUGAGCUGACAGACCUGGAUCACCCGGACGCACGGCUUCGAGCGUACGCACGGUCAAAUGAGAACCAACGGAAAUCGUACCGACGGCUCUCGCGGUCCCUAUCACUUACUCAAGCAGAUCCUCGUGCCUAUGCUUCCACUCUCCCUACACACUCCCUUCCCACCCCUACAUCCCCUUCAUCUACUCCUGCAAGUGGUUAUACUAGUCUUACGCUCCCUCAUGCCACUCCUUCAAGCUCAAAUAAACGCAGGCCUCCAGAUUCUGGAAAAGUCGACCUUCCUAGGUCUGGUGCGGCACAAAGCAGCAUGGCAACUAUCGAAAUCAUUCGAGGCGCAGCUUAUGUGCAAACUUCCACGUCGAAUUCUGCUGGACGCGAGAAAAGAAGACGGCAUUUGUCCUUCUCUUUGAAAUUCUUUGACGCGUCGAAGAAACUCAGGUCACGUUCGAAAGAAAAGGAGAGUGCGACACCAGCUUAUUUGCUAGAUGCAUUACCGCUGCCUGUGGCUUUUACGGCACAUCUCUCACCACCGACUUACGUCCCUGCUUCGCACGUCCUAGUCAAGGUCUUCGCUGUUGGCUUGGAUUCUUUGGAUUCUUUACUUGUCAAGCAUAAGCUAGACGUGUCUGGGGGAAGCGGGAAAGCUUCAAAGGCUGUUGGGUACAUCCCUGGAAGGAGUCUUGUUGGUCGAGUGGUACAGUGUGGAUGGGAUGUCAGCAGCGACGUCUGUCGAAAAUCGGAUUGGGUAAUUGCGCUAUUGGAUAUACGCAAGUCUGGUGCGUUAUCCGAGUUCGUGGUCGUUGAACGACAUCGUCUCCACCGUGCACCCCAGCCACAGUUUCUUGCUCAGCCCAUUCCAACACCGCAUCGAAGGCAGGUUCAUAGUCGUUCCAUGUCGGUACCAAUACGAUCGUCCAAAUCACCUUACACAGGUAUGAGUUCUUUGGGCAUAGACGAACUCGCUUUGCUCCCGCUAUGCGCUUUGCCUGCUCAUCGUGCAGUACGCACAUUCAAUGAAGUGCUUUCUUCACAACUAUCAAGGGCCAAACGGGCUCAUGGUCGUCUUCGGGCAUUCAUUACGAAUGGACAUGACGGAGUAGGCGAGAUCACUGUGCAGCUUCUUCGACAGAGAAACGUCGCUAUAUGUGUCCAAGUCCCUCAAUCGCUGAGCCCGAUACCUAUAGUUACAGUUGGUGAAAACGGUGCGGCUUCAAGGUCACCACGGUCCCAACAAAAGGCUGCCAGUUCAGAGGAUUUCGACCUUCUGGAAGCCCGAUUGCAGGCAUGGGGAGUGGAAGAAAUUCAUAUCGGGGAUCCAUUAGUAGUGGUUGAACGUCUAGCUGCCGAGAAACAGUCUUUCGAUCUCUUCUUGGACACCGUUGGUGGUCUAGAGAUCUGGGAAGCAGCUCAGAGACUCUUGUUGACAGAACCUGAAGCAAUACCGCUAACCCCUUCAGAGGAGACCCCUCUUGACAGUCCACAGAGGCAACGAAUCGAUAAACAUGGAGUCUCGCAUGCUCAUUUCACGACUCUUGUAGGCGACCAUCCUACACGGCCGUUCCCUUCAGCUCAGGAUAACAUUCGGUCCGGUUUUCGUUCUCUACGGCGCGCCAUGUCGACAACCCGACCUAAUCCAUCAAGCGGAAGUACUUCCUUCGCUUCUAACUCCACUGCUUCCUCGAGUACGAUUGUAGUUGACAGGGAUAACGCUGAUCAAGGUGCAAGUCAACGCAAAGCAAAACGAACGUCCAAGCGGACAGUGGGAUAUGCCUUCGUCAGUCCGAUUGCGGAUGUGGAUUUCCAAGGCGAGGAUAUCAACGACUCUUUAAGUGCCAUUCUUGCAAUGGUGGAGAAGGGAUGGAUACGACCGUGGAUUGGUGACAGUGAGGACGAUGCGAAAAGCAAGGUGGUGAAUUUUGAGAAGGCACCUGAGGUGUUUAGAAGGAACGCGAACGGCCCGGUUGGAAUGCUUGCAGAUGGGGGAACGUGCAUAGUGAAGGUAGCUGGUUGAAGCUGUUGUUGUACAUACAUAAUGGCGCUACUUGCAAGCUCAGAUAAUUCCAUACUUAUUGCAUGCUUGUAGAACACCCAAAUUGCAGUAUAUUCAUGUUACUC